CUUGAUUAUAUAAAAAUCCACGCAUGUCCUAAUGAUUGCAUACUGUAUAGGGGUGUAUAUAGUGAAGGUUCCAAGUGUCCCAAGUGUAAUUUAUCUCGUUGGAAAUUGGGGAAGGAUGGUAGAGUUAGGACCAAUGUUCCAGCAAAAGUUUUAUGGUACUUCCCUAUUAUUCCCAGAUUUAAACGGUUGUUUAAAUCUCCUUCUACUGCUGAAAUGAUGUCUUGGCAUGCAAACCACCGAAUUCAAGAUGGCCUGAUGCGCCAUCCAGCCGACUCUCCUUCUUGGAGGAAUAUCGAUCAUAGGUGGCCCAUCUUUGGUAGCGAGUCUAGAAAUCUUCGCUUAGCGUUGUCGGCUGAUGGUAUAAAUCCACAUACUAAUAAGCUAAUCAAUAGGUAUAGCUGCUGGCCAGUGGUGUUGGUAACUUAUAAUCUUCCUCCAUGGCUAUGCAUGAAGAGGAAGUUUAUGAUGUUAACAUUAUUAGUUUCUGGUCCGCAUGAGCCGGGAAAUAAUAUAGAUGUAUACCUACAACCAAUGAUUGAUGAUCUAAAAAAGCUCUGGGAAGAGGGGGAACCAAAUGUUUUCGACGGGUAUAGUAAAUCUUAUUUCACUUUAAGAGCAAUAUUGUUGUGGACGAUAAAUGACUUCCCUGCAUAUGGUAAUCUGUCUGGCUGCGUUAAUAAGGGGUAUAUGGCAUGUCCAAUAUGCUGCGAUGAUACCAUAGCUAAAUACUUGACUCAUAGUCGAAAAAUGUGCUACCAAGGCCAUCGCCGGUACUUGCCUCGACAUCAUCCAUAUAGGAGGCAGAAGACAAGUUUUAAUGGAGAACAAGAGCAUGGACAGGCACGUGAACCCCUUUCCGGAGAAGAAGUAUUAGCGCAGCAGCAAGAAGUGAAGUUUACUUUUGGGAAAGAAGUGAAGAAUUCCCAGAGGGUAGAAUGUGUAUGGAAAAAGAAGUCAAUUUUCUUCGAGUUAGAAUACUGGAAGUUUCACCACAUUCGCCAUUGUCUCGAUGUAAUGCACAUCGAAAAAAAUGUCUGUGAUAGUCUCAUUGGUACCCUUCUAAAUAUGCGGCAUAAAUCUAAAGACAGUGAAGCAUCUCGCCGUGAUAUGAUGGAGAUGGGUGUCAGGGGUGAUUUAGCUCCACAAGUAGGAGAAAAAAAAACCUACUUGCCCCCUGCACCUUAUACUCUGUCAAAGGCGGAAAAAAAGAAAGUUUUGUCAUCAUUCUUAUACAUGAAAGUUCCUUUUGGACAUUCAUCAAACAUCAAAAAUUGUGUGUCGAUGUCUGAUAUGAAAAUGUACGGGCUAAAGUCCCAUGACUGCCACAUCCUCCUCCAACAGUUGCUCCCUGUUGCCAUUCGAUCUGUUCUUCCGAAACAUGUUAGAAUCAGCAUAAUUAGAUUGUGUUUCUUUUUCAACUCAUUGUGUAACAAAGUUGUAGAUGUAUCAAAACUAGAUAAACUGCAAUCAGAUGUGAUAGUGACUUUGUGUGAGCUUGAAAAGAUAUUUCCCCCCUCGUUUUUUGAUGUAAUGAUACAUUUGACAGUCCACCUGGUUAGAGAAUUGCGUUUAUGUGGACCAGUUUUCUAUAGAUGGAUGUAUGCAUUUGAAAGGUUUAAUAAAGUGUUAAAGAGUUAUGUUCGAAAUCGUUAUUAUCCGGAGGGUUGUAUAGCCGAAAGCUAUAUAAAAGAAGAAUCAGUUGAGUUCUGCUCAGAAUUUGUUGGACAGAGUGGCACUGCAGGACUUCCGAAUGAAAAAAGCAAGCUUUCGGGUCCAUUAUCUGCUGCAAAAGUAAUAUCAGUUGAAGAAAACGAGCGAGACGAGGCACAUCUGCAUGUCCUUCAAAACAACUCUGAAGUCUAUCCUUAUAUUUUGAUGCAUAAGGAGUAUCUUGAAAGACUUUACCAAGGGAAAAAAAAAAGUGCUCAGUGGAUGAUGGGUGAACACAAUCGGCUAUUUGCUGAUUGGUUUGAAAAAAAAGUUAGCAAUGAAAUUAAGGAGAAUGUUGAUAGUGUUUCUGAAACGAUUAGAUGGUUGGCAGGAAAACCAUCUUAUUAUGUUUUGACAUAUGGAGCAUAUCUAGUUGAUGGAGUCCGGUACUUUACAAAGGAGCGAGAUGAUUUGAGAGUUGUCCAAAACAGUGGUGUUUCUUUAGUGGCGAAGACAGUCCAAGUCUCCAGUGCUAAGGAUUUGAAUCCCGUGGAGAGCGAUAUGAAAUUUUAUGGAAUGAUCUUAGAUAUAUGGGAGUUAGAUUAUCAUGAAUUCAAAGCUCCCUUGUUCUUGUGUAAGUGGGCAGAGAAUGAGAGAGGAAUUAAGGUAGACGACCUUGGAUUCACACUUGUGGACUUUAGUCGACAAGGGCACAAGAAAGAUAAAUUUGUGUCCGUUGACCAAGUAAAGCAAGUUUUUUACGUUGAAGAUCCGGUUGAUGCUAGAUGGUCUGUUGUAUUAACCUCUACGACUCGAGACUAUCACGAUGUGUAUAAUGAAGAUGAUUUAGGAGACACGGUCUUGGAAAAUCCCCCAUUCUGCUCUGCUAUACCCACAUGUGAUGUUGAUGCCCUUGAGCAUAGUGUUAGUCAUUGUAGACAGAACAUUCAGGGAAUUUGGCUUAAAAAGUCAACCUAG